CGUGAGGACGAGACCAUGACUGUGUCACCAUCCCUUGGAUUCUGGAGCUGCGUGAAGGAGCUGAUGCCAUCUGCUUCACCUGCCGAUGAUGGCCCUCUACAUCUCCCCAGCUGUAACCUGGACUCCACACCUUGUCCUUCUUGACAGUACACAUAUCUUCCUUUCAUAUACUCCACCGAUGAGUCCUUCCUCCUCCCACUACCAUGCAUGUUUUUCUUCUCUCUUCUCCAAGCUCCGAUCUCCCUCUUACCACUGCAGCAAUCAGUUUCUGCGUCCACCAAUGUUUCUGAACCAGAUGGCCUGCAAUAGGAUGCCGCUAUUCUUCCCUGCAAACUUGGUGCUGCAGACCGCUCAUGUAGAGAACCACGAGCAGCAGCUACACACCUCCACGUCUCCCCUGCUCCCCACCGAUCCACCACGAUUCGGAGGUGAGAAGCAGCAGUACCUUGCAAGCUGCGGCAUGGGAAACAGAUCCAUUCCCUUCUCGAGGGUGGAGGCCUGCGAGGAGAUGAAUGUGGAGGAGGACCUCUCCGACGACGCGCUGCAGCCGGGGGGGGGGAAGAAGAGGAGGCUGAACUCGGAGCAGGUGCGGACAUUGGAGAGGAACUUCGAGAUGGGCAACAAGCUGGACGCGGACAGGAAGAUGGAGUUGGCCAGGGCGCUGGGGCUGCAGCCGAGGCAGGUCGCCGUCUGGUUCCAGAACAGGAGGGCGAGGUGGAAGAUCAAGCAGCUGGAGAAGGACCACGACGAGCUCAAGAGGCAGCUGGAGAUCAUGAAGACCGAGAACGAAGCCCUGCAAGCCCGGAACAAGAAGCUUCUCUCCGAGCUUCUGGCACUCAAAGACAGGGAACCCUCCGAGCCCAUCAAUCUCAACAAGGAAACAGAGGGCUCAUCCAGCUCUGAUACCGAUUUGGAUUUCUCCAGGCGUAGGCCAUCGAGUGUCUCCCAACCACGUCGUUCCUCCAAGUCGGAGACAGCCAAGGAUGAGGGCUUCUGCAACAUGUUCUGCAGCACAGAUGAGCAAUCUGCACUCUGGGCGUGGUCAGAGCAACACAACUACCAUCACUAGUGUUUGCACACUGGUGCAUGGUGAAGAAAGCUGCCUAUUUGAACUGGAAACAGGGGGGAGUGGCUAUGUACUAAAUAAUUAUUGAUGAUGAUGUAUCUUGUGAGUCAAUCUGUGUUACCUCUCUCUCAAAUUUAAGGUGGAUCCUAUUGGAUCAUGUAGGGUUUA